UUCUCCAUCCCUGGCAUCUCCGCGCUUAGCAAUUUAAUUUUCAUAAAAUUUUUGGUAAAGCCAAUAAGACAGUUUUUAAAUCUAUGAUGGCCCACGAACUGGUUAACGACAAUGAUUUGAUAUACAUUACGGCAGAUCAGGAUGAUUUCAUCAAGAUUAACCUAGAUCAAGAGGAUUUCAAGGGAUCUGAGGAAGGGACGAGCAGCGACUCCCACGUUUUGGUGACCCAAGAGGAUGAGCCACAAGCACCGGAUUCCAAUGCGACUCAAGGAGACUUUGCCGUUUUGAUGGCAGCCAUUGAGACUUUCACAGCACAAGGACGAGCUUCUUCUGGUGAUUCCUUAACCUCACAGCCCGAAGCACCGGCAGAUGCUAAUUCAGAAGGAUUUUUCGCACAAGAAGGCGAUGCUGUAAAGCUCAGCGAUGAGAUCUACAACGUGCUCAUUGCUGACUCUUCAUUUCCUGAAGAAGUGUCUGAAGUGUCUCGACUGAUCCGUUAUCCCAGGCAGGACAUAGUCUACCAGGCCUUCUCGCCCCCCUCGAUCCCCGGUCUGCUGUCUGGCCAUGGCGAUCGUCCCAAUGGUAUUCAGCAGAACUGCUUUGGUCUGGAUAUGACCGAUGUGGCCUGCACCCUGCUGAACUCGGCCGCUGCUCAACUGGAGCCCCCUGUGCACGUGGACGAGUUCACGGUGCGAACCAUCGCCCACGGUCUGUCCACAGCCAUGGACUUUACGUCAACAGAGGGGACUCCUCUGAUCGGACGCCGGGGCGUCGGUCGCCUCGUGGCAGCCCUUAUCCUGGACAGGGAGUCGGGUAUCCUUUUGGCGUACGCCGUGGCCCAACUGGUGCCCCAGGCCCUGGUCGACAGCGAAACUGGGAAUGUGAUAGGCAUGAUGCUCCAUCAGGUAACUCGUGGAUUCGGCAUUGACGACGUGUGCCGCCGCAUCAUCACCGAAAACACUGGACCCGUUCUCUUGGUGGUCAAUCAAAUCCCAAAUUAAUAGUAUUAACAUGAUUUAAUAUUAUUCAGUUUAUAAAUAACUUAAUUUUAAUGCGAUGUGCCUUGUUCUUAAAAAAUAUGUGCCCGCAUCUUAUCCUUUUUUACUUUUAUACUUACCAAAAACUAAAAAUGUUUUUUCGAAUGAAAAUCAAGUCGAUGAAAAGACUUAUUAAAAUCAUUGACUAUCUAAUUAAUUUUAUUCGUACUUAAAGAAGUAG